UUUGUUAUGUUAUCCCAAAAAUUGUUGACUGAUUUUGUCAACACUUUGUUUAAUAAAAUUUAUUAAUUUUAUUUAAAAACCAAUUGUUUGAAACAAUUUAUUGAAUGAAAUAUAUUUAUGAUAUCAAUAAUUAACAAAAAAAUAUAUGAAUUGUUUUUUUUGUGUUGAAAUCCAAGAAUUAAUUGAUUAUUAAUUAAUAUUAUUUGAUUACUUCGGGUGUAGCGAUCAGUGGCCACAAUGAGUGCGGACAGUGCGGCCAAUUUGCGUAACUAUCAGAUUCAGUUACAACAGGUAGAGUCGGCCCUACAGACAGAUCCCGAUAACAAUGAACUGAACAAACUUAAGGACGACCUACUCGAAGUGAUAGCUUUGACCAAACAAUUGAUGUCCAGUGAGGGUGACUCUGAAUCUAACAGUUCGGCAAACAAUUCGGUGACAGAUAUUAGCCAUCAGUUUGAAGCGGGAGAUCAAUGUCUUGCACCGCUCAGUGAAGACGGACAGUUUUAUGAGGCAAGAGUUGAGGACAUCACAAGUGACGGUCAGUGCACUGUUGUCUUCAAACACCGUAAAAUAUCUGAAGUGUGUUUGGUUUCACUAUUGAAACCAAUCGGUAGAAAGAGAAGUAAAUUAUCGACAAAUACUUCUUCUUCCACUUCUUUUGGUGAUAAUAGGCAAAAGAGACACGCAUUGAAUGAUCAAAAGGAAUAUCUGAAGAAAAAACAACAAAAGAAAAAGGAAAGACUUAAAGAACUGGAAGAGGAAAGAGAAAAGGAUAAAAUGAAAUGGCAGUCAUUUGCCAACAAAGCCUAUAACAAGAACAUGAAGGGCGCCACCAAAAGGAGUAUAUUUGCAUCGCCCGACUCUGUUUCGGGUCGGGUAGGCGUAGGAACGUGUGGUUUGGGCGGCAAACCAAUGACUGAGUUUACUCAUCAGGAAAAAUGGAAAAAAUCUUCCGGUUCUUCGGGUCUAAUGCCUGGGUCUGUUGGAUCCGCUGCCUCACGACUCGCACAUAAUCAUAGAUAUAAAUAAAUAUGUAUUUUUAUAUAUAUCAU